GUCUUGCUCCGUCCACUAGGAAGCAGCAACCCUAAUCUUAUUGCUAUAUAUAACGAGAGCUAGCCUCACACCGCACUACACUCUCUGCCUUCGCGUCUUCGUUACAGUAUACGCGAGGUUCUCGUAGAUUUCUCUUGGCUGCGUUCAGUUAAGUGUUUAAACAUCUAUAAUGGGUAAGGAGAAGGUUCAUAUCAACAUUGUGGUCAUUGGCCACGUCGACUCUGGUAAGUCGACCACCACUGGUCAUCUUAUCUACAAGCUUGGAGGUAUUGACAAGCGUGUGAUUGAGAGGUUUGAGAAGGAAGCUGCUGAGAUGAACAAGAGGUCAUUCAAGUAUGCCUGGGUGCUUGACAAGCUCAAGGCCGAGCGUGAGCGUGGUAUCACCAUCGAUAUUGCCUUGUGGAAGUUCGAAACCACCAAAUACUACUGCACUGUCAUUGAUGCUCCCGGGCAUCGUGAUUUCAUUAAGAACAUGAUUACUGGUACUUCACAGGCCGACUGUGCUGUCCUUAUCAUCGAUUCCACCACUGGUGGUUUUGAAGCUGGUAUUUCCAAGGAUGGACAGACCCGUGAGCAUGCUCUACUUGCUUUCACCCUUGGUGUAAAGCAAAUGAUUUGCUGCUGCAACAAGAUGGAUGCCACCACCCCCAAGUACUCCAAGGCUAGGUACGAUGAAAUUGUCAAGGAAGUCUCCUCCUACCUCAAGAAGGUUGGAUACAACCCUGAUAAGAUUCCUUUUGUUCCCAUCUCUGGGUUUGAAGGUGACAAUAUGAUUGAGAGAUCAACCAACCUUGACUGGUACAAGGGCCCAACUCUUCUUGAAGCUCUGGACCAGAUCCAGGAGCCCAAGAGGCCCUCAGACAAGCCUCUCCGUCUCCCACUUCAGGAUGUUUACAAGAUUGGUGGUAUUGGAACUGUCCCAGUGGGUCGUGUGGAAACUGGUGUCCUGAAGCCUGGAAUGGUUGUGACCUUUGGACCUACUGGUCUGACAACUGAAGUUAAGUCUGUUGAGAUGCAUCAUGAGGCUCUCCAGGAGGCCCUCCCUGGUGACAAUGUUGGGUUCAACGUGAAGAACGUUGCAGUGAAAGAUCUGAAGAGAGGAUUUGUUGCAUCAAACUCUAAGGAUGAUCCUGCCAAGGAGGCUGCCAACUUUACAUCGCAGGUCAUCAUCAUGAACCACCCUGGUCAGAUUGGAAAUGGUUAUGCCCCAGUGCUGGAUUGCCACACCUCCCACAUUGCUGUGAAGUUUGCUGAAAUCUUGACCAAGAUUGAUCGUAGGUCUGGCAAAGAGCUUGAGAAGGAGCCCAAGUUUUUGAAAAAUGGUGAUGCUGGGUUCGUGAAGAUGAUUCCGACCAAGCCCAUGGUUGUGGAGACUUUCUCUGGGUACCCUCCACUGGGUAGAUUCGCUGUUAGGGACAUGCGCCAGACUGUUGCUGUUGGUGUGAUCAAGAGUGUUGAGAAGAAGGACCCAAGUGGAGCUAAAGUGACCAAGUCUGCCGCCAAGAAGGGAGGAAAGUGAACGCAGGGUUCGUAGUUUCUUUUGAUACUGCGUGGAGUUUUUUAUUUAUCGUGUAGUUUUGUUUCUGUUCAGUUAUUUAGCCAUGUCUGAGAUUGGUAGUUGCUGUCCCACCCAUGUUUGGUGGAAGAGUGGCAGUGGCUUGCAGUAGAUAACACCAUGUUUUGGUGAUUAUGCUGAAACUAUAUUUUCUAGUUACUUUUUGUUAUGUAUGAGAGAUUUUCUUUCUGAUUUCAA